CGUAGGAUUUAUGAAUAAUAAUAGUAUAACAAAGUAUUGAUAGUAUUGACGUAAACGAACACAUGGGGCUUAACGAGGUGUAUUCUGGCGAGUGAAUCCGUGUUACAAUUGAUUUGAGCCUUUCACUUUUUUCUUUCCGCGGGAUGAGUAAAAUAUAUAAAACCACACACACACACACAUACACACACUUUUUUCCCUUUCUUUUUUUUUUUAUUUUUCAUUUUUAAACAAAAUGAGACUUAUUAUCAGAAAUGAUUAUGAUGCUGUAUCCGAGUGGGUUGCUCACUAUAUCAAAGAACGUAUCAAUCAAUUUGGACCUACUAAAUCAAGACCAUUCGUAUUGGGUUUACCUACAGGAUCAUCACCACUGAGUACAUAUAAACGCCUAGUCGAAUUCUAUAAAGAAGGAAAACUCUCUUUCAAACACGUUGUUACCUUUAAUAUGGACGAAUACGUGGGUAUACCACGUUCACAUAAACAGUCUUAUUAUUCAUUCAUGUGGACAAACCUAUUUCAACAUAUCGAUAUUCCACUAGAGAACAUCAACUUUUUAAACGGUAAUGCUCCUGAUUUAGAAGCCGAAUGCGCAAGAUAUGAAGCAGAGAUAGCAAAGUAUGGUGGCAUUGAAUUAUUCAUUGGUGGCAUUGGUCCUGAUGGCCACAUUGCGUUUAACGAACCCGGUUCUUCAUUAACCUCUCGGACCCGUGUCAAGACGUUGGCUUAUGAAACCAUUAUUGCCAAUGCAAGGUUUUUUGAAGGCGAUAUUACAAAAGUGCCAAAACUAGCAUUAACUGUGGGUGUAGCCACUGUCAUGGAUGCUCGUGAAGUCUGUAUCAUCAUCACUGGUGCACACAGAAGUAUUGCACUGGCAAAAUGCGUAGAGGAAGGUAUCAACCAUAUGUGGACAGUAUCAGCCAUACAAAUGCACCCAAAGGGUCUUAUUGUGUGUGAUGAAGAUGCUACAUUAGAAUUACAUGUCAAGGUGUGUACAUACAUUAUAUCUAUAUAAACUGAUCCUUACACCCAUCGUAUAGACCGUCAAAUACUUCAAAUCAAUUGAACAUGUUCAUCAAUCACUUAUUGGACAAGAGAAUUUAGGUUUACAGGGCGAGUUGCUGUCACCAAA